AUGCCCAUUCAGAGUGCUUUGCCGGAACUUGCUCUGUCCAAGAAUGGUGCAAGGUAUCUACUUAAAAGAAAUGCCAGUGCAGAAGCACUGUUAAGAAAACAGUCUUUCCUGAUAGAUAAAGCAAAAGCAGAGCGGGAAAAAUUCUUUGACCAAGAAAGAGCGAUGUUCCUACAGAGCCAGGCCAAGCGAAAAGUUCAGACCACACAGCUCUGUAGACUUUCCACUAGUCCCUUAACAAAAAUUGCGGGAACUGAAGUAGAGAAAAAAUGGGGAGUGGACAGUGAUAUAAUUCUAUAUACAAAGCUGCGAGGAAAUCAAGGAUUUUCUUUAAACAACAAGGUAUCUUUUGCUUCACCUAAACACUUGGUUUCCGUCUCCUACAAUCUGAGCGGUGACCAACAUUUGUCAAAGAUUCUGCGACCUGAGCCAACUGACGAGUCUGGCAGCAUGAGGCGUUUGAAAGAAUUCAUUUGCGUGCUUCCUCCCCUUCAAUCACGUCCACAUAAAUUCUCGAGAAACUGA